AUGAGCUCUUCCAUUGCCAUGUCCUCCGUCGCUAUGGCGAGGCCAGGUACAACCCGACCAGCUCUGUCACAAUUAGUGGCCACAAACACAUCUCGAAGCCGCAAUACUUGGCACUCUGCUCGCAACUACCACAGUAUCCGCGAUAAGAUGGAACGCAUCGCUCGAUCCAUCGAUAAAUACCAACGUCACCCCCAAGCCAACCUCCGUCGUAAGACGGAAGCCUGCAACGGCUGGCCCGCCACAGCCCACCGAGAUCCCAGUAGCAGCAAAGGCUGGGCCACACACUGGCCCCGCUCUCGAUUCUCCGAACUCGCCGGUCGAGACAAGACGUAUUGGGAUGCCGAGCUUGAGCAGGUGAAUCAUCGUAUCGCCCACUUGAAGAGGCGGCUCGACAGAGACCCCUACGAAGCGCUGUUUGGUCGCAGAGUGGAAUCUUCCCAUUAUAUUGAUCAAUCUGAUACUGCUACCGCGUGGCCGGGUUUCUUGCGGACUUUCUUGGGGGCUGAGAAGCCCAUGACGGAUCAUCCGUCGAAGGGUCAUCUCCAGGAUUUCAACUUUGCUCAGUCUCCGGCUCAGUCAAGUACUUCUAGUAGCCGAGAAUGUCUUGAAUAUGACCCUAUCAGUGGCCGUAUGGCUCCGAAAGCACCAAAGCCAGAGCCCACAAGUGAAAGUGCAAUGCAGAACUCGAACUCGGGUGUCGAUUGUCCUCCGGGAAGUGAAGUCGAGGCUAAAUUCGCCUCCAAUGCUCCGAUAGUCGAGGAUGGCCAGUUCCAGCCAGGCAGUGCCUCCACGGCUAAAGUUGACACGCUGAAAUCGCAGACUAUGGACUGCCCACCCGGUGGUGAAUUAGAGGCCAAGUUCGCUUCUGAACUCAACCUCGCUUCACAGUCCAAGGAAGCAUCGCCUGUUGAUUACAUCCCAGAUAGCGAACUUGAGGCAAGGAUCGUUGCAGAGACCACUCGUGCUCAAAUGUCUGAUCUGACCGUCGACUGCGCUCCGGGCAGUGAAUUGGAGGCACUGUUCGCGAGUAACCCGGCUGCCGUUCAAGCUAAACACUAUCCGUCAACCACCACUGCUGAUACCAACGUCAAGAAAGAUGGCAUCACUGUUGACUGUGAACCUGGCAAUGAGCUAGAAGCCAAGUUCCUCUCUGAUGCUGCCAGCGCCGAGACCCGCGGCGAGAGCGAGGAUCUGAAUACCCUGCAUGCCAGUGACAUCCGAGCUCGCUAUACCCCACUAGAGAGCGAAAGCGAUACCAGCAUCAAGUCCUCCGCACCAAAGGACAUCAAAUUUGACUCCUUCGAGGACCGUGUCGGCGACUUCCUGCAACGCCAGAACGCCCCCGCUACAUCUCAGUGGUCCCAAUCCGACUACCGCAUCCUAGCCUACGAUACCACAACAUCAACAGUAACAACCACCGAAUCAAACUCAUUCUUCGGUACCAGCGAAACCGUCCAACCCCACGAGAUACUCACCCGCCUCCACAACCCAGCCAAAUUCGUGCCAUUCUUCGCACAGAUGCAGGCCGACGGGUACGAAAUCGCAACUGGCGGCGGCGAUAUCCUGGUCUUCAAGCGCUCCGUCAAGAAUGCAAAGCGCAACCCCGUUUCGACUGCUAGUCAACAACAGGAGUCUGUAUCCCCGGAUGUCCAGGCCGAUAUUGCGCAAUACAUGCGCGAUGACUCCUACGAUUCACACCGCUACGUACGCCACUACGACCCGUCUUCCACCAUCAAGCCCUCGACAUUCGGAGACACAGCGUCCAGUGAUAAUUUCAAUUCGGACCCCGGAUCUAGUUCCGCCAUCACUCCAACCUCGUCGACUACGACCAAAUCCAAAUCCAAGUCGAAAUCGACUUUUCGAAAAGUCAUCCGCAGAAUGGUCCUCACGGGCACUAUCACCGCGGGAUCAUGCUAUGCGAUCGGUGUGGUGACUGAGUAUUUCCGUACGGGUGGGCUAGAUGGACGUGGUGCGGAUGGAUUCACGCCUUUUGAGUCGGACAGGAGACAUCGGGAGUAG